AUGAAAAAAAUUAUUGUUAAACCAAAACAUUCUUCUGGAGAAGAAUCUGUAUUUGAACAAAUAAUUACUCUUCCACAUCCCAGAACACAGAUACCAGUUCGCUAUCUUAUUCAAAAACCACAACUUUUACAAAUAAUCAAAAUCAAUGAUUCUUACAAAAAAAAAAGUUGGUUUAUUAAUAACAACAUUAUAAAAGGUCGCUCUUUACACCUUACAUAUCUUAUAUGGAUUUAUUUAAUACUAGAUGGUUCUCUUUAUCUUGCAACACCCUUUGAUCUUAUAUUUCUUACAAUUCCUACAUCAGAGUCUUUAGGAAAAUAUCUUCUUAUGGAAGAUAUUUUAGAAUUUUUCUCAGAAUAUCAUUUUCCCAUUCUUAUUUCAUAUUUAGGACCUCAAAUAAAAAAAGCUAUUCGAUCCAUUUGCCAGGAACUAAAGUCUACUCAUCCAUUUUUCCGUUUCGAUGAAAAACUAUUACUAGAAGUUCUAAUAUCUAAAGCUAAAAAAAUAGCAUCUCAUUUACCUAAAAGCAUUGAAUUUGAAGCUAUUACUAAACAUUUUAUGGAAAAUAUCGAAAAAAAAGAACUAGAAAACAAAAGUAAAGAAUUUAAAAACAUUAUCCAAUUGGCUCGUUUAAAGACAGCAAUGCAAUUUAUUAAUAGCUAUUUACCUAUAAAAUAUGAAAAUCUUCUUCUUCAAUCAGAAGAUUUUACUCCAUUAUCAUUAUAUUUACAUAAGCUGCAAACUUAUAGAACUACUACCAUCUUUAUACAAAACUCUAAUAACUUUACAACAGAUUAUUUAAAAAAAAGACCUAAUACAAUUUUUGAAAUAGAAAACAAAAAAAAAAAGAAAUUAAAAGGUAACAAUAAUGAAAUACGUAAAAAAAUGAAUACAGAAGGAAUAAAUAAAAUCUAUUCUUUCUUCAAAACUAAAACACAAAAUAAAAAUUAA